AUGGGCGAAUUAAUGAGUGAUAGUGCUAGCAAAAUUGGAGCACUGCUGGACGAAGGCUUAUUCCUGGACGUGAAAGCUCGUGUUGUUUUGGGAAAGGAGCUGAGGAACUACGAAUCUCAAGCAAUUGUUAUUGAGGAUAAUGGACUAGAACUGGCCAGAAUAUCUCGUAUCGGAGACUACAUCUCUCGUCGUCUCAACAUCCGAGUUGAUACCGGUGCCUUCGUUCGAAUGGUCUAUGUGGAAACGGACAUUGACCGAGUAUUAGCUCGACUAAUUGAUGGCCUCUACGAAGGAAAAUCUAUACCGAAAAGUCUCAGGGACUAUAUCAGUGCAGAAGAUUUAGUGUAA